AUGCUGAAGCGACAAGCUUGCUCGUCUCAGCCUCCCCUCUCUUACACCCAUUCUCCUAGCUCCUCUACGGUUCAGCUGCAAGCCAAGGCGAGCAACAAUGCAUGCACAUCGCUCGCAGCAGCGCAAUCGCGAAUCCUCCACCUCUCUCUCCUAAUCCGCCUCCUGUCCCUCUUUCUCCUCCUCCUCGCCUCCCACCUACAACAACCAUUCGAUACAUCCCAUCAACUCCUCUCAUUCUCACUCGACCCUUCGACCGCCCAUUUACUCUCCUCCGGCCCUUUCCACUGGCUUCUAAGCUUCGUACGAUGGGAUACAAUCCACUUCCUCUCUUCCGCCUCCCCCUACAACGCUCCGCAACAUAUUGGUGGAUAUCGGUGGGAGCAAACGCUAGCCUUCCAGCCCGAAAUCAUUGCUCUUCUUCGUGUCACUGGUUAUGUCACGCCGAGUAUGGAUGGGAGCUGGAGCCCUACUUCCGCGAUACUUCUUACGACGAUUUUAGCGAACCUCGCGACACUAGUGGCGCCCGUGCUCUUGUUCCGGCUCAGUUUGAGGGUGACAGGCAAUGCAAAGCUGGCCGAAAGUGCCGCAAUGCUAAGUAUACUGGCUCCUGCAGCAGGGACUACGUUAAGCUGUCCUACUCCGGAACCAUUUUUUAGUCUAGCGAGCUUGGUUGGGAUGCUAGCACUCGAAAAUUCAAAUCAGGCAGGACAGAUUCGAUGGAGGAGUCUGGUCGCAGCUUCACUCAGUUUUGCCGUCGCAACAGCUUUUAGGGCCAAUGGAACGCUGUUAGUUGGAUACAUCGCUUUCGCCCUCCUAAGAGCAGCCAGAGUAGAGAACGCGAUCUUGUUGCUGCUCAAGUUGAUGGUGGGCGGGGCCGUGUGUGUGGCUCCGAACGUAUUGUUUCAAGUUUGGGCAUACACUCGGUUCUGUCUUUCAGGCAAAUCCAGGCCAUGGUGCGAAGGAAGAUUACCAAGCAUAUACAGCUUUGUCCAAUCUCACUACUGGAAUGUCGGCUUCUUACGCUAUUGGCAACUAUCUCAACUUCCCAACUUUGCUCUCGCUGCACCAGUUCUCCUCGCUAUAGCCUAUACCGUCUUUGCUUACUAUCGCACUUCAACGCCCCGCGAGAUCGGGUUUUCACUCAACCCACUCGCAUCCCCACUCGCAUCAAAAAAGGAAGCGGAACGGUUGGGGUUAAGCUCGGCCGCAAAGGCAGUCCCGUACGUGGUACAUGGUUUGGUGUUAGGAUUGGUGCUGUUAUUCGCAUCACAUGUACAGAUAGCGCUUAGGCUGGCUACUCCGGGUGGUAUGCCGAUGGUUUGGUGGGGUGCAGCUCACGCCGUAGUUCAGUCGAAGCGGUGGAGGAAGGUGGUUGUGGGAUAUUUGGCGGUGCAGUACGGAGUCGGGAUUGUGCUUUAUGCUGGGUUUUAUCCUCCUGCUUGA